AUUGGAAGGAGUGAAAAUGGUGAAAAGUAAUUGUUUCGGCGAAAGCCUCCGGGACUCGAUUAAGAUGGACAACAACUACGAGAUCCUGAUGAUGAAGUACCAGGACAACCCGCGGAUGAUCGGGAGCCCGUCGAUUUCCUCCGGGGGUCGCGGAUUCCGUCUGGGGCAGCAGAACGUCCUCGACCUCAACUCGACGAGCGUCAUGGAGCGCGCCUCGCAGAAGUUCGACAAGAGCUCCAUCUGCAGCGGCUCCAUCGCCUCCUGCAAGCAGAAGAUCGACGCCAUGUUCGAGACCCAGUCCGUCCAGUCGCACCCGAUCGGGCUCAAGACAUCCCUGAUCAACGCCAACGACGGCGAAGACUCGGACGAGAGCAUCAACCAAAACAACAUCCAGAUGAAGAUCGACAAGAUGUUCUCCGAGAUCCACAACGACUUCGACAAGAAGGACGAAGAGUCGACGGACAGCGACAGCCGCACGAGUCACUGCUACCACGUCGACUAUCUGGGCUCCAUCUCCUUGAACAACAGGAAGAUCUCCUCGUUGGAGAGCUUGCAGGAGCCUCUGAAGAACCUCUACUUCAACUACGUCAAGAGCCUGGAGAACAACCGCGGUUGUAACUUGAUGUCCUCGCUGGAGAUCACGUCGACGGGGCUUCGGAUAUCCUGCCGCGAGCGGGAGCAGACGAACCCGUUCGCGACGAUCGCCGUCUGGGCGGCGGUCAAGUUCGUGUGCCGGCCGCGCAGCCUCAACCACGGGAAGGAGUUCGGCAUGGAGUACUCUUUCAUGCCGCUGAUUUCAAACCAGGACCCGAACGACAAGGCCGCCCUCUUCCAACGCCUCACAUCCACCGAGACUCUCAUUUUCGAGAAUAGGAACUCGGAUAACCUGCCGAUCUUCGUGGUCGUCAUGAAGAAGCUAGCCUCGAAGCAACUCGAGUGCCACGGCUUCGUCUGCGAGUCCAACGAGUUGGCCAUCACGAUCGCCGCUAAGCUGUACAAGGCGUUGGUCCGCGCCAUGUCCGAACCCAACUCCAAACACAAGUUGAAACACUUCAACGGGCUCAGCAGCAUGAGCGUGAGCAGCUCGAGCGACGUCAACCGGUUGGAGAAGAACCAGAACGGGAAACUCAGGUUGAAGAGGACGGACGGAGGCAUGAGAGAAAGCUCUCGAGAGUCGAACGCUAGUCAGUUCCAUCGGAACCAGAAUCGGAGGAGUCUGCGCUCGAAUAGUAGUAUGUCGAACCGCGGCAACGAAGGGAGAUUCCAAGAGGUGACGGUGGUCAUUGAGAACGACCGGACUCCGAACAUGCCUCGGAGUAGCCACGCGCCUAAAUCCAAAGAGGAUUUUUCUAAACCCCCGAAGCGACCCCCGAAAAGCAACUCGAUCAGGUCGUCGAGCGGGUCGAUUUCAAGCGCGACCAAGGUCACGCAGACGGAUUUCAACGAUAUCCGACCGCGAAGACCGAAGCCGGACCAGACUGGUCAUCCCAAGUCCUUCCGUAGCCCUGUCAACGAAAUCAAUCAAAAUUUGAGGAGAUCUGCCUCCGAGCGGUGUCCGAGUGGAGUCCAGUCGAUGAUGGACACCCAGUCGGGAGACAUAUUUACCAAGGUUGCCAUUCCUAGGAGUAGGAGCUUCUUGAACGCCAACGGUCCGUUCGUCACGAACUACAAUCGACCGAGCCGAAACCAUCCAUCCAGCGACCUGAGUAAGAAGGUGAAAGAGUCGAGUCCUCUCGGCUUCAACGAGAUAUUCACCGAGCUACAGAACCAAGAGGGACUCAACAGCAUGGAUGACAUCCUCAACGCGAUCAUCAACCGGGAGGGAAUGUCCUUCAACGACCUCAAACCCAUCUACAAAGAAUUCCUCUUGAAGUUGGCCUUGACUCUGACCAAAGACGAGCUCUACGAGCGGAGCAAGCUCAUCAUGCAGCGACAGAAGGUCCUGAAGAAGCAGAAACGGAAGCGAUCGAAAAGCAGCAGUAUCACUUCACUGAGUCUCAAGAACGCCUUCCGCAAGUCCGUCUCGAAGCUGAACCAGCGUAAAAAGAAGUGCAAGAAGCGAGGCGGGACCUUGGAGUUCACCUCUGGGAUUUUCCCCGCGGAUAAGCACAAGAAGAGCAAGUCGGACUAUACAGACACUUCGGUGACGACAUGGUCAUCGUACUUGAGCCGGAAGCGCCCGAGCGUUCGGGCGUCUCGCCGACCCAGCUUCAAGGUGGCGCACCGGAAGGCGCGGUCCUCCCGAAGACCCAGCGGAAGGAAGGCGCCCCACUCGACGUCGGAGGACAGCGACUUCUUCAGCUUGAUCCGCUGCGACAAGUCUCAACGCAACGGCGACAAGUCUCACGGCAACGGCGACUGCUUCCACCAGUCCUCGAGCGGGUACUUCUCCUACUCCGAGUGUAGCUGCAACACCGAGUCCUGCUCCUGCUCGUCGGCGACCAAGUGCUACUGCUCCCUGGCACAGAGACCUCGGCCACGCUCCCAGAAGCGCUCCCAGCCGCCGCUACUCGACUCCGGCGCCAUGUCGCUGUCUUCAUGCGACUGCGACACGGACAGCUGCGUGGAGAGCGAGAAAUGCUACUGCAACAACUUGCGCAAUCUGUCGGCGUUCGAGCAGCUCAAGCAGCAAGGCUUCGCGGCGUCGGACUCGAGCCUCUCGCGAGCGGCAUCGCCGACGACCGCCUGGCAGAAGAACGAGUCGACGACGCGCUCGAGGCCUGGUCACCUCGGAGCGCAGUCCUCCAAGAGCCUCGAGUUCGUCCAGUUCUCGCGGACCCAGAGCCAAAAAGGCGGGAAGAAGGGCUCCUACUUGAACCGCAUGGAGGUGUACGACUCCCUCAACUACAAGAACCACCCGAGCUCGUCGUCUUUCUCGUACCACAACGCGUCGUCCCAAGCCUCGACCAUCAACUCGCAGCGGAAGAGCCUGAGUUCGGACAACCUGGCUCUGGACUACGACAUGUUCUCCAGCUCCAAGGGGAAGCAGCCCCGCGGGUAUCGGAAAGAGAAGAAGGUGUUGGUGGUGUCGGCUCGCGACUCCAAGGGGCGGAUCAUAUACUUGGACUCCGGGCGCCCGGAGAACGGGCGGCAGCGCUCCUUGACCAGGAGCAACAGUCACAUGACCGCCACGGAAGCGUUGUCCGUCAAGAAAUCUGCUGAGAUUGCGGCUCUGUUUUCUAACUCGACGUCCAUGCAGAAGUGCAUCUCGCAGCCGUAUAAGGUAACCCGUGAUGCGGUCAUCUACAAUGCUAUACAAUCACCGGACUCGUGUAUUGUUCAAGGGAAUGAGCCGCACUACUUGAAACACUCAAAUCUUGAAAAUUCGCUUGGGUAUUACCCCUAAAUUGGCACUCAUAUUGAGGAUCUUCGUCGGCGCAUGAUUGGAAUCAUCUUUUCUAGAUCCAUCUUACCAUCGCCUCUUCUACUUCAAGAAUCGAAACUUCGUAGUGCGCAGGAUUAAAUUUUCUGCAUUUAGCAUGUAGUUCUAAAUGCAUGAAGAGUCUACUUAAAGUAUAUCCUUGAUGUAUAGGGUAACAGCUUGGUAGCUGGAGAGGUGCUGAGCCGAGAUAAUUAUUUUGUCUUCAAUAGCCCACCAGACAAGGUCCUAAUUUAAGUAUUGUGAUGAAUUUUUUUCACUUUUUUUUUUUUUUCGCUAAACUUUCAAGUAGAUCACGAUUUGUGCAACAAAAAUCAUUGAAACUAACUAUCAACUAAGAUAUUGAUGUUUUCCAAUGCAUGCAUUCAAACUUCUCGUUCAAUAAUAAAAGUAUCAGCUCCGUGAAUUAAAUCGCAACCUUAACGUUUUUGCAAUGGUGUCUGCGGAAUGAAAAUAUGACAAUCUCAAUCUCUGAGCUUUGGCUCAGCUGUUGAAGCACUGGAUUGGAAAGGAACACUGUUUGAUUAGGGAAAGCCUGUCAAAACCGUUCUAAUACUAGUAUAAUAGGUUCACACAGAGAUUGGUUUUUUGUAUAAGCGGAAAAGUCAUAUUGUUCGUAACCCGUGCUUAAUUAAACAUGUUUUUUCUUAAUUUCUCAAAAAUAAGUUAAUUUCAGUAAUUUUCAUUGCACAAAUAGUCAUCUAAGUGAAAUAUUGGGAAGGAAAGAAUAUUUCACAAUGCUAAAAUUUGUACCUCAGCAUGUGGUCCAUACCAUAUACUUAUUACAUCUGACUUAUAAUGAACACGUAAGUUCUAGUUUUCAGGGUGAAACUAUCUAUAGAAAUUUUCAGAUUAAAGUGGUUUUUGAUAGUUUUGCCCAAUUAUAUGAACAUUGAGUGCGAAGACCAGAUCUUUCUGCUUGAAUCUCCAUCUCCUUGCAAGAAGAUCGCUUUAAAGAUCUGGAUGUUCGAUCGAAUUCUUGACGGUUAGAAUAUUUCCGUCUUAAUCGUUCAAGCAGCCUCUCUCAAAAGCUCUGCUUUGCUUUUGAAUAUUAUGUAUAAAAAGUAAGGGGUGCUGCCGAUCUUUUGGCACAUGAAAUCAAAAGCUCUGGGACUUAUCUGAUUUUUGGUGGGCCUGUAAAAAUUAGUUAGGUAUUAAUGAAAUAGUUGUAAGGAUGAAAAUGUGCAAUAGACAACAUACAUAUAAGAGAGAGCAUUUUAAUGCAGAUCUUUUAAAUCAUGCAUGUAGAUAAACUUCUGAGUUUGUAAAAAGAUUAAUUUAUUAAAAUGUUUCAAUGAAAAAGCCACGAAA